UGUAUGUGUGAUGAAUCUUCUACUGUGUAAAGCAUUUAACCAUGCAUYGUUUUAGCACCUCGGUGACAUAAACACUGAAAAGAAAUGCUUAAUGCAACCAGUUAAAAAGACCAAAAUGAAAUUAACUGCAGUACACUCUAGAGAAGAAGUACUCCUCGAACAGCAAAGGACUCUAUCUGCAGCAAGUUGCACUUUAAUUGGCUCUCAGUCUCGUCUGUCUCGCAAACCUCACUACGAACAGGACACUUGUUGGUCUUGGCUCGUGUGCUUUUGUUGUGYAGUUUCUAAUAUCAUCGUGGUAGGGUUUUCGUACAGUUAUGGUAUUUUAUUUCCUGUAUUGUUGGCUUAUUUCAAACAAGACCGCGCUACGACAGCGUGGGUAGGCUCUCUCUUCCUCUCGAUAUCCUUUCUACUUGGACCCGUAUCAUCAAACCUUUGUGACCGUUAUGGAUGUAAAAUCAUCGCCAUUUGUGGUGCACUUCUCUGCAUUCUCGGUCUUCUACUCACGUCACAAGCAACUACCAUCUACACGAUGUAUCUCACGUUAAGCAUAGUGGUCGGGUUUGGUUCCUGCUGUGUGUACACGUCAUCUUUCGUCAUCGUACCUAGAAUGUUCAACAGACGAAGAUCGCUGGCCAUUGGUUUAAUAUCCUUAGGGCCUGCCGCAGGUCUUAUGAUAAUGGCCCCUGUAUUACAAAGCUUAUUGGACAGUUUAGGAUGGAGGAACACUUUUCUAGUCAUGGCUGGGAUUACUAGCGUUAUUUGCCUCCUUUGCGGUUGCACCUUUGAUUCAAAUACAAUUCAAGAUAUUGUGCAUGACGAGGACGAGAAUCCGGGUUUUGACUUCUCGAUACUUAGAAAUAGUGAAUUUGUGAAGACUCAACUAACAACAUUGGUUAUCUUCCUUGGAGUGACGAAUGUUCAGAUAUUUUUGGUUGCAUAUUGCAGCAAACUUGACAUCAACGCAUCCAAGGCUUCAAUUUUAUAUUUUUACUUGGGUCUCAUGUCCGGCAUCSGACGUGUCGCGACAGGACAAAUUUGCGAUUCACCCAAGAUCAACUCGAAGUACGUUUUACUUUGGGCCUCGUUUCUGGGAGGCGCAGUUAUGAUAAUUCUUCCUUUUGCGUCCAACUACAAUCACCUCGUCGUGUUCUCUGUUCUCUAUGGAUGCUUUGAAGGCACUAUAGCAAUCUCGCUACUAGUGACAGUACUUAAGACCGCUACAAACAACAAACAACGAAGCUUUGCUUUAGGAUUAUGGUUGACAUCAUGUGCUAUAUCAAUGGCAGCUGCUCCUCCUUUAAUCGGUGCUUUGGUCGACAAGUUUGGAAGCUACUCACCUGGAUUCUACCUUUCCGGUGCUUUCUUGUUUAUUGGUGGAAUAAUUCCUCUUGUGCGAACCAAUCAAUGUCAAGAUGAGUCAGCGAGGCAGGACAGCGGAUCUAUAUCAACUGUUGAAACAUACCUUGACGAGAAUGUCUUUAUACUCGAAAAGUUGUCAGUUGUGUAAGAAAGAUUUCAUUUUAUGUCGACAUUAUGAAAAAGGUUGCGUCGGUGGGAUGUAUGACGUACGAAUGACAGACGGAAGAAAUUUCAAAUUAUAUCAUCGAAAAAAAUCUUAUCAGAUCUCUUGGGAGGGUCAAUUAAAUAUUUCGCAUGGAAAUGAAUGCUUCAGUGCUUUAUAUUUCGCAUAAAUGAAAAUAAAAUAAUUUUACUAC